CUGUAAAAUCUCUCGCGUGUUUUCGCAACAUACAGCCGGAAGUCAGCGGCGACCACCGGAAGCUAGACCUCCCGGCAACCUCUGCUGCUUCCGGCGUCGUAGCCGAGGCUACCCGCACCUGGUUCUGGCGGAGCGAUGAUGGAGGUCAGAGAUGAGGGGAGACACAAGAAGAAGAGGCAGUACAGCCCAGUCCCAGUGAAAGAGGAGAGAGGGAGCCCGGCCAGGCGUCACCGGGCACCGCGCAGCCCCGGCGAUAGCGAAGGGGAUUCUCCGGCGGCCCGGAGGAGGAGCAGGUCACCAGGGAAAAGGAAAAAGUCAUCUAUCAAACGAAGCAGAUCUCCGAGGAAUAGGAGGCACCGGAGUGCCAGCAGGAGCCCACCACACCUUCCUGUGAAAAUAAAGCAGGAAAGAGACGAGCACUCUCACAGAACACAUGAUGAGCGCCAGCCCACGUAUAGGGAAGAGGAACCCAGGAGGGACAGACAUAGAGACCAAACCGAUAGGGGCCGUCACAAUGUGUCCCGACACAGAGAAAGGGAGCGGGAGGAGAACAACUUAAGAGAGCAGAGAGCAGAUAGGAAAUUCCACAACAACCGGAGGAGAGAAAGAAGGCAGAGAGAAGAGCAAGAAGAAGAGCCAGGAAACGAGUCCGACAGUGCCAGUAAAAAUAAGGAUGCGCCAAAUUUUGAACUUUCUGGAGCUUUGCUUGAAGACACAAACACUUUCAGAGGUGUGGUAAUAAAGUACAGUGAGCCCCCGGAAGCUCGCAUCCCCAAGAAACGCUGGAGGCUGUAUCCUUUCAAGAAUGACGAGGCUCUCCCUGUCAUGUACAUCCAUAGACAAAGUGCAUACCUGUUGGGCAGGCAGCGGCGGAUUGCUGAUAUACCGAUUGAUCAUCCUUCCUGCUCCAAACAACAUGCUGCCUUGCAGUACAGGAUGGUGGAGUUUACCCGUACAGACGGAACCCUAGGUAGACGGGUCAGACCAUACAUCAUUGAUCUUGGGUCUGGCAAUGGCACUUACCUGAACAACCAAAGAAUUGAGCCACAGCGGUACUAUGAACUAAAAGAAAAAGAUGUACUGAAAUUUGGCUUCAGCAGCAGAGAAUACGUGGUUCUACAUGAAUCGUCAGAUACUUCCGAAGUGGACCAGAAGCAGGAUGACGAUGAGGAAGAUGAGGGGCAAGAUGAGGCGACAGAUGAGGAGACAAAUGAGGGGACAAAUGACUAACAAGCUUGUCCUGCACCUUCUUGCCUGUAUCGGGAGCAGUGAUUGAUGAAUCCCUGCCUCUUAAGACACUACUCCUACUUGAAGA